AUGUCCAACCCGCACUACUCCGAGCUCAUAUUUCCCACCUCGGAGCAGCCGUCCAUCUCCCACCUUCUGGCGUCUCUCAAGCGCAGCACGCUCUCUAUCCACAACCGCCUCACCUCGAUCCGCGCCGAUGCCGAAUUCGUAGCCCGUGUGACUGAAGCAUUCAAGAGCAGGCCUCUUGUAGCCAACGAGCGAUGCGGCAGCUGGUACGUCCCGCCGGAGCGCAAGGACGGGAGUGCGUACUUCAAGAGUACGGACGGUCAUGAGCGGGCGUGGAAGUUCAGCACCAGGAGGCUGAAUCUCCAUCUCAUUGACAUGAUCGAGAAUAACGAUGGAAUCAUCAUCGUCGACUCUACCCGCCGAGGCAAACGAAUGCCGGAUGCCCUCUCCACCACCAUCCCCGUCUGGUGCAACGUCCUCAACCUCGCCCUCCUCCCCUCCAACCCCUCCUCCCACCAGCUCUUCCUCCCCCCUUCACUCCCAGCCACAACCCACGCUCAAAUCUCCGCCCUCAUCCCCCAGUUCCUCUCCUCCCUCCACGACCUCAAGCUCGCCCUCCCCACCAGCCUCACGAAGCCCCUCCGCCCGCUCUGGAUCACCCAGGACUCCUCCCUCGAGGACCUGGACGGCCAGAUCUUCGACGACUUCAGACCCGUCGUCUGCUGCACCGCCAGCCGGAGGGUGGUCGGCAGCGAGGUGGACGAGGCGGGUUACAUCCAGGGCGCCGCCGACGACACGGAGAACUGGGCACAUGGGCUCACCCCGCCCGUGUUCUGGCACAACGCAUCCGAGCUCCUCGACGCCCCCGAGGCCGAGCUGCCGGACCUCAUCGCCAGGCUGGUAGCGCAGCACAAGGCGGACGAGGAGGCCCGGGGCGGUGGGAGUGACCGGAGGAAUCGCCUCCUCCCGCAAAUCUCCGUCUCCCCGCUGCCGUUGACUUCGGUGGUGGGCGAGUGGCACAUCGCCCUCACCUCGGAGACGACCCCGAGGGACACUUGGGUCAAGUCUCCGCGGAGGAUGGAGGUCGGCGUGGGUAGGAACAAGAACGCCAGCAAGAACUUGCGCCUCGCCCUGCCCGACAUCUGCGAUUUCGCUGCCAAGUGUUUCAGUGCGCCUGGUACGUCGCCGGUCCAGCUCGUUAUCGGCUGUGAAUCUGGGAAAGACAUCUCAGUGGGCACUGCUCUCGCUAUCAACUGCUACCUAUUCACAGAUGACAACCAGUUCCGCAUCCCGGAUCAGGAUGUGUCUUUCACCAAGACGCUGGUCAAGACACGGCUGGGCCGCAUCAUGACCGCCUUCCCUGCUGCUAACCCUAGCAGGACGACACUCCAAAGCGUUAAUAGCUUUCUCAUGGACUGGCGUAAAUGA